CAAAAAUUCACAAACCGAAUGUUCCUAUGAGACCAGUGGUUAGCUUUUACAACACACCAGUUGUUACAUUGUCUAAAUUCAUUAAUUCCAUUUUACAAUCUACAAUAACUUUACAACCUUCUUAUUCUGUCAAAAAUUCUACCGAUUUAGUAAAUAAGCUGUCAGUUUUAAACUUACCUAGAGACUUCUUUCUAGUUUCUUUUGAUGUAAGUAAUUUGUUUACUAAUGUACCUAGAGAUGAAACCAUUCCUUUAGUGGAGGAUUUACUUAUUAAAAGUAAUAUUAAUAGAGUUUCAAUUCCUCACUUGUUGGAUUUACUUAAAUUUUGUUUAUCGCAAGAUUUCUUCACCUUUAACGAUAUUAUUUAUAGACAAGCACAAGGCUUGGCAAUGGGGAAUCCUUUAUCACCUUUGCUAGCAGAUUUGUUUCUUAACAACCUCGAGGUUAACAUAUUUGAUAAUAAUUCUUCGAACCAAAACUCUUUCCAAAAAAUCUUAUACUGGUUCAGGUAUGUUGAUGAUGUAUUGGCUAUUAUAGAUGGCAAUUCUACAGAUGCUGAAAAUAUUCUUUAUUUGCUCAACAAUUUACAUCCAGCUAUAAAUUUCACUCUAGAAACCGAGUCCAACAAGUCUAUAAAUUUUCUAGACCUUACUUUAACUAGGAUGGACAGUAAAUUAAUUUUUUCAGUCUUUAGAAAACCUACUCAGACUGACCAUACCAUCCCUAGAUCUUCUAACCAUCCCUUUCAACAGAAGAUGGCUUCCUUUUAUUGCUACAUCCAUCGUUUACUUAGUCUACCAUUAUCAGAUACUAAUUUCAAUUCAGAAUUAGAUAUUAUCAAACAACUUGCAUAUAGUAAUGGUUACUCCCCUACUUUAGUUGAUAACAUCCUCAACAAAUUAAGGAGUAAAAGGAAUAGAUCCCUAGCUUACAAUCCUGUUCUUAAUAAUUCCACUACAGCAGUUAUGUAUAGAUCAAUAUCAUACAUAGGUUAUCCUUCAGAUAAUAUAGCCAAAAUCCUAAAUAACAUCCCCAACCUUAAACUAUCAUUCAAAUGUAAGGAAAAUAUCAAAUCUAUUUUUUCUCACACCAAAGAUAAAAUUGGAAAAACAUCAAAAAGUGGUAUAUACAAAUUGUCCUGUGGAGACUGCCCUGUUACCUAUGUGGGGAGAACUAUGCGACCUUUGGAAACACGCAUCAAAGAACAUUUGUCUAAGAUUGACAAAUCUAGUUUUGGCAAUCACUUACAUGCUUCUAAACAUAACUUCAGUCCCCAAAGAGAUAGUAGGAUUCUACAUAGUAUACCCAUUAACAACUAUACAAAAAUGAAUUUAUUAGAAGACUUAGAAAUUAGCAGGGAAUUAAAAAGAAAUCCUCAAAAUUGUGUUAACACCCAGGUUCAAUUAAAUUGUAAAUUUGAUCCAAUCUUUAAGAAGUUUCUUUAAUACUGUUAUAUUCAGCAUGCCCAACAAUUGCUCUAGUUUUUUGAACAUUACUUUAUAACAUAUUUGAAUUUUCUUUCAUUGAUUACAAUUAAAUUAAAUAUUUUCGAUUUGGCUUUUUUAAUAAUAAUAUUGUUUUCAAACAGUUUUGGAACUCUGAGCUUGUCCAACGGUGCUUCUCCUUGGUUUUCAUCUAUCUCACUUCUAUAUUUGGUCAGAACUGACUGGUUGUUUGGUUUUUUUAAUAAUUAAUAAUACUUUGAUAAUUUGAUUAUUUUCACAUUUAACUUUAAUUUAAACUUAACAAUUGUCAUUUAAAUUUAACUUUAGUUUUUCAUAUUAACUUUAACGUCAUACCAAUUAGUUAACUACAUAUGACAACUUAGUCAUUUUCAAAAAUUUUAAAUAAUUUUAAUAACACAGAUGUCGCUAGGAACUAUUGUUUCCGUCAGCAGGCUGUCGUUUUGAAUAUUGUCAGUAACAGCUGUUCUUUGUACGAAUGGUGGCCAUUUUGUAAAAAAAAACACAUUAAAUGUGAUUUUUAACAUUUAAGGGUUUUUUACCCUAACCAGUGGUUAUAUCCCUGGGUUAAUUUUUAAAAUAUAGAAUGUGUUUGUUCGAAGUUUUCUCUUCUUUUGAGGUUUUUACACCUAUAAGACGAUAGCUCUGAUGAUGGCAUUAAUAUGCUGAAAGUACUUAGCUGAUUUAAUAAAUUAAUUUACACAC